AGCCCCCGAGCGUUACCCUGAGGGGGUGGCCGGCGAGGGAAACGAAACCAACAACAUGCUCAUCACCUGGCAGCCCCUGAACAAGUCGGACUGGAACGCCCCCGAGCUCAGCUACCGGGUGCAGUGGCGACGUCUGGGUGAGGGGGGGAGCUGGAGCGAGGAGACAGUCAGAGGCCCCCCCUUGCUGGUAACGAGGACCCCCACCUUUGUCCCCUACGAGAUCAAGGUGCAGGCCGUGAACCCCAUCGGCAAGGGGCCCGAGCCCCCCACUGUGGUGGGGUACUCUGGGGAGGAUGUGCCCCAGGUGAACCCCGAGAACGUGGGGGUGGAAAUAUUCAACAGUACCAGCGUCCUUGUCAGCUGGACCCUCCCCAACAGAGACCAGCUGCGGGGUCACCUCCGGGGGUUCAGGGUGUUUGAACUGGCGGUGGGCAGCAUGCGGGAAGGAAGGCGGCCAGGCCCGGUCCAGCCGCCCCCGCUGCGUGCUGACGGUGGGAGGGGGAGGCGUCGCAGCCCGGCACAGGGCGCAGCGAUGGCGCCCGCAGCGAGACAUCGAAUUCUGCACCCCGAGGGAGUGCCCAGCCCCCCAGCUCACUGCUCUGGAGCGGGGUGUCGGACACGGUGCUGGCUCUGGAGUGGACAGCCCCCCAGUUCCCCAAUGCGGGCGCUGACCGGUACCUUGCUGCAGUACCAGCAGGUGAAUGGGUCGGAGCUGGGCCCCCUGCACGAAAUCUCCUUCCCUGUCUCCCAGCUGAAUGGGACGCUGGCCCGGCUGGACCCACGGGCGCGGUACCGGUUCCAGCUGCGGGCGCUGACACGGGCCGGCCAGGGCGAGCCGCUGCUGCAGGAGGGCAGCACCGUGCCUGAGCCAGUGCUCCCCACUUUGGAGAACAUCAGCAUCUCGCUGGUGGGGCCCGAUUUCACCGUCUUCACCUGGGUCCCGAGCCGGCCCCAGGCCAGCGUGGAGUUCGAAAUCCAGUUCAUGAGCAAAUCCAUGGCCGAGCCCUGGCGCACAUCUGGCCAGGCCAACUCCACCCACGGCUCCUACCGGCUCCUCCACCUGCAGCCCGGCACCUCCUACCGCGUCCAGUUCGUGGGGCGCGACCCCUCGGGGGGCAACGUCUCCUUCUGGGAGAGCGAGGUGGAGACCAACGGCAAGUGUGAGUGAGACCCCCGGGGGGCAGAGCCCAGCCCCAUCCCCAUCCCCCCGACCCGCGGCUCCCUCGGGGACCAGGGUCCUCCAUACUUGGUCACCU